CUGUAACGCCAAGAUGGCUGCUAACAAACUGAUGUCAGCGGUGGCGAAGUUGGCCCCUCGGGCUGUUCAGGGAGGGGCUAAGCCAACUUCGAUGAUACCAAAUAUGAAAAUAGGUACCCCUUGGGCAGGGCUUAAAACAAGAGGGGAACUAGUAGAAGCAGGACUUAUGGAUGAAUCAGAGCUCUCUGAACAGCACAAGAAUGUGUUUAACUUUUCAUAUUUCCCAGAAGUUGGACUUAUGUGGGACGACCUAGCAUACGGCAGGGAUCCAACUGUUCGAGAAGCUCUCAGACGCCUGCCUCCCGACGUACACGCGGCAAGAAUGGUGCGCAUUUCGCGUGCCCUCCUUUUGUCAGCUCAAAGGAAAGUUUUACCUGAAGAAGAGUGGACAACAUUGGAAAGUGAUAUCCCAUACAUGGCCCCCUACAUAGAGCAGGUUAAACGUGAAAAGGAGGAAAUGAAGGAAUGGAAGUCAAAGGAUUGAUCUUGGACCUUCAGUUGUUGAUACAGUUGCCAUGGAUUUGGUUGCCAUGGUUUUGGUUGCUAUCGAUGUGGUUGUCUUGGAUCAGCAGCUGAAGAGUCAUUAGUUAAUUAAUAUUAUUUAAGACAAAAGAAAAAAAAAAGAGAGAACUUUGUUUAACCAGCACAGUUUGGUGUAGUUUGACAGCAAAUAUUCACAACUUUAAAAAUCUAAAGACUUUCCUGUUAAUAAGGAAGCGAUUUUAAAGCAUGCCCAUUACCAGAGAUGUGGUAGAAUUUGAUUAUUUGGCUUAAUCGGCGAAAAAGAGUUGAUAGCUGUUCUGCAACCCUUGGGGGAAAUGCGGGACUUACUUGCCAAUUUAAAAUAAAUUGAUCGUGUUGUACAUAUA